UAUACACAUGCAAAUCUCAAAUAUGAUGUCAUUCACGAAUCUUUGUCAGAAAACCUUAAUCCUUAAUGGUAACCAGGUGUUUACACGUAGCUUCCGAAAUGGUGGAAUAACAUCCAGGUGGCAACGAGGACUACAUUCAACAACACACGUGUCAUCUUCUCUCCAAUGCCAUGCAUAUCAUAUUGCUGCCAUUUUCUUAUCCUUUAAUCUAUUUCACACACCCACCGAUCGCCUCUUGUUUCUCCAGAAAAUACCCAAGUGAUCGAUCAAAAUCAGUUAAUCACACAUCAAAACAAAACAAAAAACACACAUGAUGAACAUAUUAGUAAUCUGUCUUGUUUUAUCCUCACACUUGCUAACAGCAGCAAGUACUCAUCGUGAGGUUAUUAUGAACAAGGGCCACCGUGUAGUGGUGGUUGCCUACGAUAAAAAAACCGACCGCACCACCAGGGUGUCGAUCUCACCGCAAAACGUCGUCGUCCCAUCCGACGAAAAACCGGCCGACGGGACGACGACGUUUUCCAGUGCAAAAGAACUUGUAUGUGAUGCUUAUGGUAAGUGCAAGAAUAAAAUUUCGAGCGCUUUUAUGAAAGACACUGAUAUAGACAAAGCUGAAGAACUCGAACCGGUCGACGAAAAACCGGACGAAGGGGCGACGACGUUUUCCGGUGCGAAAGAACUUGUAUGUGAUGCUUAUGGUAAAUGCAAGAAUAAAAUUUCGAGCGCUUUUACGAAAGACACUGAUAUAGACAAAGCUGAAGAACUCGAACCGGUCGACGAAAAACCGGACGACGGGACGAAGACGGCGUUUUCCGGUGCGAAAGAACUUGUAUGUGAUGCUUAUGGUAAAUGCAAGAAUAAAAUUUCGAGCGCUUUUACGAAAGUCACUGAUAUAGACAAAGCUGAAGAAAUCGAAGAACACACGACUGAGGCGGUGAAUAAGGUGAUCGAAAAACCGCCACAACAUAUCGGUGCGGCGAAAAGUACGUUUUUCGGACGAGUAGGGGAGAAGUUGCCCGGACGAACUCUGGGAGAGUUUUUAGUCAAGGCGAAAGAUAGUGUGGCUAAAGGAUUAAUCGGUGAGGCGAAAAAGUUCGUUUCGAAUUUUAUGUCUAUUGUAAAAGAUUUUGCGUCGAAGGAGUUCGAUAUAAUAGAUUCGCCGAAAAGAAGCGUAGAAGAUAUAUUUCUAAACGUGAGCGGUGAAAUAAAAGAAAGUGUGGAAAAUAUGACGAAGCAAGCGAAAGAGACGGUGAAGAAUGUUGAAGAUGUGUUGGGUCAAGGGAGUUUUAAUGAUAUUCUCAAUAAGUUGAAAAAUAUGGCAUAUAAUGUUGUUUGGUAUGUGUUGUAUCGCGAUAAGAUCGGUUCGGUAACGGGUUUGGUUCGUAUGGUAGCUGGUUUGGUUCAUAUGGUCGGGUUUUCGACCGCGUAUGGGGUGUGUGUGUGGGUGACGUUUGUUUCGAGCUAUAUUUUGAGUAGGUGUCUACCGAGACGGAUGUUUGGAUUGGUGCAAAGCCGGAUAUAUCCGGUGUAUUUUAGAGCAUUGGCUUAUUGUGUGUUUGCUGCUUUGUUGGGGCAUUUAGUGAGUGAAAAGAAUGAGGUUUUGGCUAGUAAGAUAGGGAUGUUUCAGAGCUUGAGUCUUGUUUCUGCACUUUUGAUGGUUUUGACCAAUAUGAUCUUGUUGGAGCCCAGAGCAACCAAGGCGAUGUAUAAACAAAUGAAGUUAGAGAAAGAAGAGGGAAGAGGGCUGGGGGCAGCAUUUGCAGCUAAAGACGGUAUGGUAGAUGGCGGCGGCGGUGCUACGGUGGUGAGGUCGGCAGCGAAUGGGAGAGGUGUUCGGGUUGCAGUUGCAGCUAAAGAGAGAACAAUGGAUGACCAUUGUGCUACAAUUGCGAGGUCGGUGGCAAACGGGAUUGCAGGUAAAGACGGGAUGGCUGAUGGCCACAGCGCUACGGUGGUGAGGAGUGUAGCGGUAGAGAGACAAGAUGUAUUGAGGAUGAAUGAGAAGUUGAAGAGGCUGAAUGCGUAUUCAUCCGCGCUGAAUUUGUUUACCUUGGUCGCGCUCACAUGGCAUAUGGCUUACAUGGGCCAACGGCUUAAAGCUAUACAUGGUAAAUAGAUACGAUAGGGAAGUACGACAACUCUUGAUUCACAUGUGUUAGUAUAGUCUUCACCUCAACCUUUCUUUUAUCAUUUUGAUGUGGUUUGUGUUUGUUUUAA